CCAUGUUUCGUCUGCUACAAGUCAUUAUCAGUGAGGUCAAAUCAAGUCACCUAAAUAAUAACAGCUUCUCAUGUGAAAGCAGUACCUUUUUGGUCACUAUUUAUGUGUUGCGUCUAAAUAAGAAUUGUAACAGUUCAUAGUGACCGAACAGGUUAAACAAAUACUUCUGAAGAAACCGAAAAAGAAGACAACUUGAAACAGCACCAGCCAUGCCAGUAUACAUGUACAUGCAGUUGACUCGCAACAAAGAGGCCAGUACAGGGUGAAAGGACUCGCAACAAAGAGGCCAGUACAGGGUGAAAGUGAUAAGUCCUGUUAUCAAUGCUGACAGUGAUGAUAAGGUCACACUUAGAAGUAUUCCAUUGAUUUCUAUGCUCCAUAAUUUUAAGUUUACUGAUAAUGGAUUGCAAGUUUGGAGAGCUUAUGAUAUUGGUCAAGGAAAGUUGAUAUCAUGGAACAGCAUUAUUGAUAAGAAAAUUCCUGUUAUACAGCUUUUUGUUCAUCAUAAUUGGUUGAAUUCCCAGUUUGCUACAGUGGAUUCAGUAGUUGUUGACAGAGAGGAUGAUGAUGGUGAUGAUGAGGAGGAGAAUGAUAAUGAUGAUGAAGAUACACAAAAUGAGAGUAAUGAUGAAGAUACAACUACAGAACCAGUUCCUAAGAAGAGACGGACAAUAUCAAAAAUCUUUACUUGUCCUUAGGAAGGAUGUACACGUUCUUUAAAACAUUCAUCCUCACUAGAUCAACACAUCAUGUUGGGUAACUGUAAUGUAAAGGAAGAAAAACUUAGCCUGGCAGAUAGAACAAAGGUUUUAUAUGCUCAGAAGUUAGAAGAUGGGAAUUUAGGAGUGUCAUUUACCAAACAAUCUGACAACUACAACAAUGCUGCUACUGACAAACUAAACAAAGGAUGGGCAUUAAAAGUGAACAAACCAAAAACCAUUUUCACAUUAGACCAAAAGUCUUACUUGCAUGAAAAAUUUAUGAUUGGGAAAACAACUGGAAGAAAAGAGGAUCCAUCAAAAGUAUCUGAGGAGAUGCGAUAUGUCUUAAAAAAGGGAGAAAACAGAUUCACUAGAUCUCAAUAUCUAACCUCACAACAAGUAGCUAGCUAUUUCUCAAGACUUGUGCAAAAAGAAAAGAAGAUAGAUGAAACAGAUUUAAUAGCUGCAACUGCAGACAGUAAAUGUUCUGUUUUGAAAAGGAGGGUUUUGAAAGAAUGUUCUCUAUCAUUUUAGAAUAAGAUGUUUAUAGUGAAAUAUCUGUAUUUUAAGUAUUUUUGAAAUACCUAUUUGUUUUAAUAUUUAUAUUAACUGUAAAUUCAAAAAGUAAUGAAUGUAUUAAUUAUUGCAAAUCCCUAACCAGUGACAUACAUGCGAUCUAUUAAUUAUGCCAUUGAAACUUUUUUUGUAUAGAAAAAUCGCCACUAAAAAUGUUAAUGCCAAUUUAGGUUAUUGCAAACCUGAUUCUUACAUUUUUCACAUUUUUCGCAUUAAUUAAAACAUUCCCAUGUUUUUUUAAUUUUCAGUAUACCUUUUAUGACACCUAUUCAUCAAAAACACUACCUUGAUCAAGACAUUCCCCUGGUACUAACAAACUUGAUUUUUGGGCAGGGAAGUGGCACUUAAAGAUAAAGAAAAACUUAACCCCAAAAUUUAUAUAUUAUGUCUCCCCACUACCACAAAUUUGGUGGAGAGACAUAUUGUUUUGGGCUUUUUUGUCUGUCCGUCACAAAGUUUAUCAGUGCAACUCCUCUUAAACUACAGAAUUAUGAUGAAACUUGGUAUGUAGCAACAUUAUAUGUAGUUAUGCAUGUUAACAGGAAAUUUGGAUCAGCUAAAUUUGUUGAAGUUAUGCCCUUUUGAACUUAGAAAUUUGUCAAAAUAGUCAUAAACUAGUUUGUCAGCACAAAUCAUCUUUAAAUUCCGAACUGUAUAGAAAACUUGGUAUGUAGCAAGGAAAUCAUAUGAAGUUGUGUAUAAUACCCAGAAUUUUGAUCCACUAAUUUCUAUUGGAGUUAUGCCCCUUUGAACUUAGAAAUUUACCUCUGAAAAUACUAAAUGGAAGUUAACAUAUGUUUUUAGACAAAGACAAACUUUAAUUGAAGUUAUUUUACAUAAAUAUAUGUAUAUUUACUUGAAAAUGCAAAAAUAAUCAAAUCAAAUUUUUAAUAUUACUAUCAUUUGCAAUUUUUCUAAAAUUUACACUCUAUUUUUUUUUCUAAAAAAGUAUACCAAAAUUUUUGGCACAUUCCCGUAUAGCAUUUUAUAGGACAUUCAUGCAAGAUGAUGGCAAUAUGAUUCUAAAAAGAAAUAUAAGGGAAUAUAUAUUUUAUUUGCUAAGAUACUGAAAAUGUACACACCUCAGUCCUCACCUAUUUUAAUACUACACCACACAUAUUGGUGAGGUAUUAUGUGAUACCCUCCAAAUUUGUGUGUGCCUGUACGUCUGGCUUGUCUGUCAGUCCCUGAUGAAUCUAGAUGAUAACUUGAAAACCAAUCAAAAAGUGUUUUAAUCCUAUAAACAACAGAUCAAGUUCAGUUUCCAUCUAAAUCCAACUAAAAGUUUUAUGAUUUAUGCUAUUUUCAAGUUUAUGCUUUCUGACCACCCCC